UCUGUUCUCAUAAACGACUGCGUGGAGUUCAAAACCCGCCAUUCUUUCUACCUUACUCUCACUCUUUCUUCUCAAGAGACGGAAGAUGGGCAGAAUUCUUCCAUGCCCUUUGUCUUUCCACCCCAACAAACCCCAAUACUCUGAUCAAUCACAAUCCAUCACCCACUAUUCAGAUUCAUCUUCAAACUCAUCCCUCGCCUCUCAAUCAAGUCUGCCAUCUGUUCCUUCUCUAACACCACCCCUCGAACAUCCCACCGCCACCAGAGACAGCGCCUCCGCCUACCACCACUGCCUAGCCACCCUUAAAGGCCACUCUUCCUCCAUAUUCUCCCUUGCUCUCGCCGGAAAGCACCUCUACAGCGGCGCUUCAGAUGGAGAAAUCCGCGUCUGGGAUCGUAGUCCCUCUUCGUCCCACGGAUACACAGUUGCAGAAGGCUGCAGUUCUGUGAAAUCGAUCGUGGUCUCAGGCGACAAGCUCUUCACCGCCCACCACGACCACAAGAUCCGUGUAUGGAAAAUCGAUAACUCCACGGAUUACCAAAAAUACAAGCUUGUGACGGUUUUACCGACUAUUAGCGACAGAUGUAUGCGUCUUUUCUCUGCCAAGAACUACGUUAAAGUGCGCCGGCACAAGAAAUGCACGUGGGUUCAUCACGUAGACGCAGUGUCAGCGCUGGCUUUGACAAGAGAUGGCUCUUUGUUAUACUCUGUUUCGUGGGAUAGAACCCUCAAAGUCUGGCGAACUUCAGAUUUCAAGUGCCUGGAAUCGGUCCAAAAUGCACACGACGACGCGAUCAACGCCGUCGUCUUGUCCGACGACGGCCUCGUUUACACCGGCUCAGCCGAUAAAACAAUCAAAGUCUGGCGAAAACCCGACGGGGAGAAGAAACAUUCACUCGUUUCCACUCUCGAAAAGCAUAAAUCGGCUGUGAACGCAUUGGCUUUAAGCAGUGACGGUUCGGUGCUGUACUCCGGCGCCUGCGACAGGUCGAUAAUUGUGUGGGAGAAGGACGGCAGCGCAGCCCAUAUGACGGUAGCUGGAGCGCUGAGGGGCCACACCAAGGCUAUCUUGUGCUUGUCCGUUGUGUCGGAUUUGCUGUUCAGUGGAUCGGCUGACAGAACAGUGAGAGUUUGGAAGAGAUCAACAGGGAGUGGGAAUAGUUAUUCUUGUCUGGCAGUUCUUGAAGGGCACAGAAAUCCUGUCAAGUGUUUGACAGCAGCUCCGGACAGCAACAACAGUAACAGCAGUAAUGAUUCGGGCAACUCUUACCUGGUUUACAGUGGAGGUUUGGAUUCUGAGAUUAAAGUUUGGCAGAUUCAGGUCCCCCGUUCUUAGAUUUAUUUUUUUUUUUCCUUUUUUUUACCUUAUAUUUGGACAUUUUGGGACAAAAACUUGUACAUGUUAGGAAGGAAAACAUACUACAUUUGAAUUCCUCUACAGUUUCCACUCCUUUUUUAUUUUUUUUAAUUUUCAUUUUUGUAAAAAUAAUGGAUAUUUGUUUCUUUUA